AUGGCAGAUAAUAUCGGCGACCUCGCGAUGCGCAGUUUGGCGGCUUGUUUUUUACUCGUUUUACUGGUAUCUGCUGGAUUUGAUCAACUGUUGUCCCAGAACGUUUCCAAUCAGGAGUAUCAUGGACAACUCCGCCGUUUUGACGGGCUGCCAUUUGAGGAAGGGGUUAUUUGUGGGACGUCGCUCAUCUGUGGCAGGAGUUACGAGCGCGUACUGACACGGCAGAGAGAAUUCGUUCUGCAAAUUUCCGAGCUGAAGGACUCGGCAUUGUUCAACAUGCGAACAAAUGAGAACGUGGAGUUGUGGCAACGCCAGAGCCUGUAUUGCAACGACAGGCUGAUCAUGGCCUUCAUCUUCGACAACGUGACGGAUCUCCGGCUACAUUGCGCUUGGACAGGACAUGGACUGGAACCGGGCUGCGUGCUGGCCCCUGAGCAUGUGCCGGGGGCAUUGGAGGAGAGUCCCAGCUCCCCGUUUCAAGUUUUGCUCCCAGACGUUGUGGCGCGUAGGCUGGUCGAAGCGCGGGCUCGACUCGGAUGCCCGGAAAACAUUGACAAUGUAACUCCCGAUGAGCUAUACUUAUGCCGGGAUCGUUGCACGUCACUCGGCCUCCAUCCACUGCUCACCCCCGUGCUCUGGGUGCUGUUUAUGGGCUCGCUGAUGGUAGUUUUGGCCGAGAAAAGAGUUCGCCUUAGAUAUUGGUAUUCAACCAAGCGCCGAACCGCCCACAUCCAAUGUUCCACCACUGACCAUCACCGCCACUGCAGAAGCUACUCAAACCCCGCCAUGAUAAACCGAAUUAAUCUCUUUACUUUCCGU